GUUGAUUCUCUCCAUCGCUCGUUUUUCUGAGCUUUUUGCUUUUCUUUGCAGACAUUCUGCCGUCUUUUAAUGAACCACGCGAACCGGAAACGUGGGACAACUUCCAGGUUAAAGUUCAGGACCGCUUUCCGUUACCGUAAGCAUGGCUGGCCGUGCUAUCGUGUCCGCACCAUGGUCCACGCUUGCUCUGGUGAGAAGACGGUUCAGCGCGCACGUGACUGUGCCGCCUCGAGCGGGUCCUUCAGGUGUCAGCUGCUCCCAGCUGCACACACAGGUGUGCUGCCGCGCUCUGACGGGUCAAGUGGACCGGUUCGGUGGAGUGACAGUAAACCUGGCUGAGGUCGGACUACCUGCGGACAUCAGCGAGAAGACAUUCAGCACAUUACUGAAAGACUCAUUGGCUCAGUGGAAAGCAGAUCAGAAGGUGGCAGUGUGGCUUCAAAUACCCAUCUCACUGAGUCGAUGUGCAGCUGCUGCUUCGGAUCACGGCUUCAUGUUUCACCACGCCAAAAGGGACUACAGUGUUUUGGCGCUGUGGCUGGGAGCAGGAGAAAGCAGACUGCCUCCAUUUGCUACUCAUCAGAUUGGUGUUGCAGGUGCAGUUGUGGAUGAAUCAACUGGAAAAGUUCUUGUUGUCCAAGACAAGAACAAGACAAAAAAUGCCUGGAAGUUCCCCGGAGGUCUGUCAGAUCUAGGAGAAAAUAUUGGUGUGACGGCUGUCCGUGAAGUGUUUGAGGAGACCGGCGUUCGCUCAGAGUUCAGGUCUCUGCUCAGUAUCCGACAGCAGCACAACCACCCUGGCGCCUUCGGCAUGUCGGAUAUGUACCUCAUAUGUCGACUGAGCCCACUCACCCACCAGAUCAACUUCUGCCAUCAGGAGUGUGUGAGCUGUGAGUGGCUGGCUCUCAGAGAACUCGCUACAACCAGUUCCACCACACCUAUCACCUCACGCAUUGCCAAGCUGCUGCUGUAUGGCUUGGAGCAGGGUUUUGACAAGAUUGACCUCACCAUGGAAGAACUGCCUGCUGUUUACUCUGGGAUGUUUUACCAGCUGUACCACCAACAGCUUCCAACAACACUAAAAUAAUAUUCAAUAGAUUC